AUGACCCAGGUGUACGUCACCUGCCUGCACGGGACCCCUCCAGCACUUGAGCUGAGUCUUCUGCCUGCACUGACGGUGCCUCCGGGCCUGAGGCAGUGCAGGACUGCUAUAAAAGGCAGCCCGACUCUCUGCUCUCUCAUCCACUUCUCUCGCCUCCUUCUCCUUGGGAACCAGGUGCACUUCUUGCCCAGAGACAUGUCCUGCUACGACCAGUGCCAGCCCUGCCGGCCCUGCGGCCCAACCCCGCUGGCCAACAGCUGCAACGAGCCCUGUGUCAGGCAGUGCCAGAACUCCACUGUCGUCAUCGAGCCCUCCCCCGUGGUGGUGACCCUGCCCGGCCCCAUCCUCAGCUCCUUCCCGCAGAACACCGUUGUGGGCUCCUCCACCUCCGCUGCUGUUGGCAGCAUCCUCAGCAGUAACGGAGUCCCCAUCAACUCCGGCUGCUGUGACCUCUCCUGCAUCACCAGCCGCUACUGUGGCAGCAGAUGUCAACCCUGCUAAAGCUGCUGGCAACGUCCUUGGGCAAGAACCUCAAUAACAUGAUGCUGGCCAGAAGAUAAGAGCUUUGGGCCAUUGUUUCCCUCUUCCAGUCGCCACUCUGUCUCUUUCUUUUGCUGUCGGCAUCUCCCAAUGCCAGCCUAGCGGGGACCUGUUGGCCUGCGUCCCUCUGCAGGGCAGGCAGACGGACACCCUGCAGGAGCUCCACUGCAUCUUAGUGGCUGCCCCUAGUGCUCCCUGUGAGCCACCUCCUUUUCUUCUUUAGACUCAUUAAAGUUGUGCUGC